CGGUUCAGAGCUGCUGCAGGAAGACUUCGGGCUUCAUCUGUUCGGACAGUCUCACUGAUCAGUCAGCAACUAUGUCUGACAAACCAGAUACGGCUGAAAUUGAGAAAUUUGACAAGUCUAAGUUGAGGAAGACAGAAAUGCAAGAGAAAAACCCACUGCCUUCAAAAGAAACAACUGAACCGGAGAAGCAAGUGGGUGAAUCCUAAUGAAAUGGGCCCUUCCAAAUUAUGCAUUGUACAUUCCACAAGCAUUGCCUUAUUUUACUUCUUUUCGCUGUUUUAACUUUGUAAGAUGCAAAGAGUUGGAUAAAGUUGAAAUGAGUGUACUGCCCCUUUCAUAUCCAAAAAAAGAAAAAGAAAGGAAGAAC